AUGAACUUUUUUAGGCAAGUCAGACUUCUACUCUGGAAGAACUGGAUCCUUCGGAAAAGACAAAAGCUUCGUUUUCUAGUGGAGCUUUUAUGGCCUCUGUCAUUGUUUCUUGCGCUUGUCUGGCUGAGGAAAGCCAAUCCACCGUAUCGCCAACAUGAAUGUCACUUCCCAAACAAGGCAAUGCCAUCAGCAGGAACGCUGCCAUGGUUACAUGGCAUCUUCUGUAACAUGAACAAUCCCUGUUUCCGCAGCCCAACCCAUGGAGAGGGUCCAGGUGUAGUGUCCAACUACAAAAAUUCCAUCCUUGCAAGGGUAUAUAAAGAUGCUCAGGAGCUUUUACUUGAAACUCCUGAAAUCCAUGACCUUGGAAGAAUCUGGGAAGAGCUGAUCAUUAUGACUCAGUUUAUGGAAACAAUGAGAACUAAUCCUGAAAGAAUUGCAGGAAGAGGAAUACGAAUUCUAGACAUUUUGAAAGAUGGGGAGACGCUCACUUCCUUCUUGCUAGAAAAUGUUGGCCUCACAGAUUUUGUUGUUUACCAGCUUAUUAAUGCUCAAGUGCGCCCUGAACAGUUUGCCUAUGGUGUCCCUAGCUUGACUCUGAAGGACAUUGCUUGCAGUGAGGUGCUCCUGGACCGCUUUAUUAUCUUCAGCAGCCGAAGAGGUCUCCCUUCUGUACACAAGGCCAUGUGUGCCCUGUCCCAGGACAGUCUACAAAGAGUAGAAGAUGCCUUGUAUGCAAAUGUUGAUUUCUUCAAGCUAUUUCGGCUGCUUCCCACUGUGUUGGACAGAAACUCACCAGGUGCUGACCUGAAGGCCUGGGGGAGGGUGCUGUCUAAUGUCUCCCAAGCAGUGCAAAAGCUGGCCAGGAAGCCAAGUGUUCAGGACCUUUUGAGGGUUCUGCAACCAUUUCUACAAGAUGGAAGGCCAGAAUCCUUAGGCCACUUGGUGAGUUCCCUGUCGGAUCUUUUCUGUGGCUACCCAGAAGGAGGUGGAUCCAGAGUGCUUUCCUUCAACUGGUAUGAAGAUAACAACUACAAAGCUUUCCUGGGGAUUGACUCAACAAGGAAGAAAUCUGGUUAUCUUUAUGAUAAUACAACCACACCCUUUUGUAAUGCAUUGAUCCAGAACUUGGAAUCAAACCCUUUAACCAAAAUAGCCUGGCAUGCUGUGAAGCCCCUGCUGAUGGGAAAAAUUCUCUUUGCUCCUGAUUCACCUCCUGUACGGGAAAUUGUAAAAAAUGCGAACUUCACUUUUGAGGAGCUUGAACGCCUCCAGUUGUUGACCAAAGCUUGGGAGGAAGUAGGACCUCAGCUGUGGUACUUCUUUCAAAACAGCCUGCAAAUGAAUAUGAUCCGUGACUCUCUGAAACAUCCUACAGUGAGGGACUUCCUGAACAGCCAGAUGGGUGCAGAAGGCUUCACGGCAGAACAUAUCAUCAACUUUCUGCACAAUGGGUCUUCAAGGAGCCGGGAGAAGGGAAUGGUGGACUUUGACUGGCGGAACAUCUUCAGCGCUGUAGACCAAGUCCUGCGUUUGCUCAGUCAGUAUUUGGAGUGUUUGACCUUGGAUAAAUUUGAAGGUUAUCUUGAUGAAACUCAGCUGACUCGGCAAGCCCUUUAUCUGCUGGAGGAAAACAAAUUAUGGGCUGCUGUGGUUUUUUCAGACUUAGAACCUACAGCCAGCAGUCUCCCACCACAUGUGACAUACAAGAUCCGAAUGGACAUAGAUGCAGUGGAGAAAACAAACAAAAUCAAAGACAGGUACUGGGAUCCUGGUCCAAGAGCUGAUCCUGUUGAUGAUUUACGUUAUAUCUGGGGAGGCUUUGCAUAUCUCCAGGACAUGAUUGAGCAUGGGAUUAUAAAGACCCAGACCAGCACUGAAGUGCCAUUGGGAAUUUAUCUGCAGCAAAUGCCAUAUCCGUGUUUUGUGGAUGAUGUCUUCAUGAUCACCUUAAACCGCGCCUUUCCCAUCUUCAUGGUGCUAGCUUGGAUAUAUUCAGUCUCCAUGACUGUGAAGAGUAUAGUGCUGGAGAAGGAAAUGCGUCUGAAAGAGGCUAUGAAGAACAGGGGCAUAACCAACGGAGUGAUCUGGUGCACGUGGUUCCUAGACAGCUUUUCCAUGAUGGCUGUGAGCACAUUCCUCCUCACAGCUCUGAUUAUGCAUGGACAAGUGCUACAUUAUAGCAAUCCACUUCUGUUCUUUCUAUUCCUCCUGACAUUCACCACAGCCACCAUAAUGCAGUGUUUCUUGUUCAGCACCUUCUUCUCCAAAGCAAAUCUGGCAGCUGCCUGCAGUGGAGUCAUCUACUUCACCUUGUACCUGCCCCACAUCAUCUGCUUUGUCUGGCAAGACCGUCUGACUGCUAAUCUGAAGAUCCUAGCAAGUUUGCUUUCUCAAGUAGCUUUUGGGUUUGGUACAGAAUACUUGUCACGCUAUGAAGAACAAGGUCUUGGCCUACAGUGGGGUAACAUCAGAACCAGUCCCUUGGAAGGAGAUGAAUAUAGUUUUCUUUUUUCCAUUAACAUGAUGGUUUUUGAUGCUUUUCUCUAUGGAAUACUUUCUUGGUAUCUUGAUAACGUUUUUCCAGGGGAUUAUGGGUUACCACAGCCUUGGUAUUUCCCUGUGCUGGAAUCCUAUUGGCUUGGCUCCAGAAGCCCAGAAGCUGAGAAAACAGCAACUGCUGAUGAAAAAAGUCCAGAGUCAGAAGGUUGUGUGGAUCAGAAGACCAUGGAAAGGGAAAAAAAUGAAAGCAACUCAAAUAAAUCUGAAGAAGCUGAAAAAACAGAAGAAAAGAGUGACGGCCAGGGGAAGAAGGAUGGUAAAAACAAACAAUGUAAACACAAACGAGAAAAAGAACCCGGCGAGCAGGGGAAGCCUAAGACAGAUGUCCAGGACAAAGAUGAAAUUAAUAUAAAUACCUUCUUUGAGCCUGAGCCAGCAGGAUUGAUUCCAGGAGUGUGCAUUCAGAACCUGGUGAAGAUUUUUGCAAACAGUGCCAAACCAGCAGUAGAUGGGAUAAAUAUUACUUUUUAUGAGGGUCAGAUCACAGCCUUCCUUGGUCACAAUGGAGCAGGAAAGACAACUACCAUGUCCAUACUGACAGGCCUCUUCCCUCCCACGUCUGGAACUGUGCUGGUUGGCGGCCUGGACAUCCAGACUCACAUGGACUCCAUUCGGCACAGAUUAGGGAUGUGCCCUCAGCACAACAUCCUGUUCAAUCACCUUACUGUAGCAGAGCACAUCUUGUUUUAUUCUCAACUGAAAGGAAGAUCCAGGGAAGAAGCUGAGCAAGAGCUGGAAACAAUGCUGGAAGACAUGGGCCUCACCCAUAAAAGAAAUGAAGAAGCUCAGAAUUUGUCAGGUGGAAUGCAAAGGAAACUGUCUGUUGCCAUUGCUUUUGUGGGUGAAGCAAAAGUGGUAGUCUUGGAUGAGCCCACUUCUGGAGUUGAUCCAUAUUCCAGGCGAUCUAUCUGGGAUCUUCUGCUGAAAUAUCGCCCAGGCAGAACUAUUAUCCUGUCAACCCAUCAUAUGGAUGAGGCAGACAUCCUUGGAGACAGAGUAGCCAUCAUAUCCCAAGGGAAACUCUUCUGCUCAGGCUCUCCUGUAUUCCUAAAGAACUGUUUUGGCUCUGGCUUUUAUCUCACCCUUGUUCGCAAAAUGAGAACCACAAAAAUGGAAAGGUCUACAUCAUUUUGUAGCUGUGGAUCUCAGUGCUCCUGCUCCUGCUCCAGCUGUGUGCACAGGGGUGAAGAAGGAUCUCCAGAGCUGGAACUGGAUGGAGAUCUAAAUGAGCUAGCAGAAGUAAUCCACCAUCAUAUCCCAGAAGCAAAAUUAAUUGAAAGCAUUGGUCAGGAACUAAUUUAUCUUUUGCCCAAUAAAAACUUUAAACAACGAUCUUAUGCCAGUCUCUUCAGAGAGCUGGAAGAAACACUGGAUGACCUGGGACUCAGCAGUUUUGGAGUUUCAGACACACCACUUGAAGAGGUUUUCUUAAAGGUCACAGCAGAAGCUGACCCUGAAAUGCAAAAAACAGGAGAUACUCAAGAAAAUGGUUCUGCUCUUGGCAAAACUCCUACUGAGAACAAACCAGCUGAACAAAUGGCCCUGAAAAUGAGUGACACUUCUCGAAUGCCAGUAGGCAGAACAGGAGAUCAAAAUGAAGGCAAGGGGUCCCGACAGUAUAAAGGCUUUCAGCUUGUACAUCAGCAGAUCAAAGCACUGCUCAUCAAACGCUUCCACCACGCCUCCCGCAGCCACAAAGACUUCCUAGCACAGGUUGUUCUCCCUGCUAGUUUUGUGUUGCUGUCUCUAGUACUUACAGUCAUUAUUCCUCCAUUUGGAGAAUAUCCUGCCUUAACAUUACACCCUUGGAUCUAUGGACAGCAGUUUACUUUCUUCAGCAAUGAACGUCCCGGCAAUGAGCAGAUGGUCUCCCUUACUCAUGCUUUCUUGAAUAAACCAGGAUUUGGAAUUCGCUGUAUGAAGAAUCAGCCUCUUUCGAACUACCCAUGCAAUAACAUGCCAACUGCCUGGAACACGCCUGCUGUCCAUCCUAACCUAAGCCGCCUCCUGCUGAGCCAAGAGUGGAGCCCCGAAAAUCCAUCACCUUCCUGCAAGUGCAGCACUCACAAGAAACUCACUAUGCUGCCAGAAUGCCCUGCAGGUGCAGGAGGCCUCCCACCACCACAGAGAGUGCAGCGCAGCACAGAAAUUCUUCAAGAUAUGACCCACAGAAAUAUUUCAGAUUUUCUGGUGAAAACAUAUCCCACUUUGAUAAAAGGAAGCUUGAAGAGUAAAUACUGGGUCAAUGAGCAGAGAUAUGGAGGAAUCUCUAUAGGAGGAAGGCUUCCAGUCCUUCAUGUUUCUGGAGAUCAAAUUGUCAAUUUUUUAAGUGAUCUUGGCCGAAUGAUGAAUGUGACAGGAGGACAAACUUCACUGGCUGCUGCUAAAGAAAUCCCUAAUUUCCUUAAAUACAUGGAAACUGAAGAUAAUAUUAAGGUGUGGUUUAACAACAAAGGCUGGCAUGCUAUGGUUAGUUUCCUCAAUGUAGCCAAUAAUGCAAUCCUCAGAGCUAAUCUAAGGACUGGCCAAGACCCUGAGGAACAUGGGAUCACUGCUAUAAACCAUCCUCUGAACCUCACCAAGGAGCAACUGUCUGAAGUCACUGUACUGACCACUUCAGUGGAUGCUGUUGUUGCCAUCUGUGUGAUUUUUGCCAUGUCCUUUAUACCAGCCAGUUUUGUUUUAUACCUCAUCCAAGAGCGUGUAACAAAAGCCAAACAUCUACAGUUUGUCAGUGGUGUGAGCCCUGUUACCUAUUGGCUAACUAACUUCAUGUGGGACAUAGUGAAUUAUGCACUGAGUGCUGGGAUGGUUGUGGCUAUAUUUGCUGGAUUCAAGAAGAAAGCAUACACCUCCCCGACCAAUCUUCCUGUGCUCGUUGCCUUGCUGCUCCUCUAUGGAUGGGCAGUAAUUCCCAUGAUGUACCCUGCUUCUUCUUUCUUCAGUAUCCCCAGCACUGCUUAUGUUGCAUUGUCUUGUAUUAAUCUCUUUGUGGGAAUCAACAGCAGUGCCAUUACAUUCAUCCUGGAAUUAUUUGAAAAUAAUCCGUCUUUGCUGAAGUUUAAUAGAACAUUGAAAAAUGUACUGCUUGUCCUCCCACAUUUUUGUUUGGGCCGUGGACUCAUCGACUUGGCCAUGAACCAAGCUGUGACUGAAGUAUAUGCGAGGUUUGGUGAGGAGCAUGUUUCUGAUCCCUUUCAGUGGGACUUUGUUGGAAAGAACCUGGUUGCCAUGGCUCUUCAAGGAGUUGUGUUCUUCUUUCUGAAUCUCUUCAUGCAGCGCUGUUUGCUUUCCACAAGAUGGUUUGAUGAGACUGCCAUGUCACCUAUCAUUAAUGAAGAUGAGGAUGUUGCAGAAGAAAGAAAAAGAAUUAUGAAUGGAGGAAACAACACAGAUAUCUUACAAUUACAAGAAUUGACCAAGAUUUAUGCAGGUCGACGUAAGCCUGCAGUGGACAGACUCUGUGUUGGCAUCCGUCCCGGAGAGUGCUUUGGCCUUUUGGGAGUGAACGGUGCUGGCAAAACAACAACAUUCAAAAUGCUGACUGGAGAUACUGAUGUGACAUCUGGAGAUGCUGUAGUGGCUGGCAGUAGUAUACUGACCCACAUUUCUGAUGUCCAUCAAAACAUGGGAUACUGCCCUCAGUUUGAUGCCAUUGAUGACCUGCUCACAGGACGAGAACACCUGUAUUUAUAUGCACGCUUACGGGGGGUUCCAGCAGAAGAAAUCAAGAGGGUUGCUGAAUGGGGCAUCCAGAAGCUGGGACUUCCUAUGUACGCAGACCACCUGGCAGGGACCUACAGUGGUGGCAACAAGCGCAAGCUCUCCACUGCCAUUGCCCUGAUAGGCUGCCCACCACUCAUCUUGCUAGAUGAACCGACUACUGGGAUGGACCCUCAGUCCCGGCGCCUCCUGUGGGACUCUAUUGUUGGUGUGCUCAGAGAUGGGCGAGCGGUGGUUCUAACCUCACACAGUAUGGAAGAAUGUGAAGCCCUCUGUACUCGUUUAGCCAUCAUGGUACAAGGUACCUUCAAAUGCCUAGGCACAAUUCAGGAGCUAAAAUACAAGUUUGGAGAUGGCUAUAUUGUCACUCUGAAAAUCAAAGCUCCAAAGUCUGGGCUGCCUCCAGAUCCUGCUCCUGCUGAGAAAUUCAUACGCAUCAACUUCCCAGGGAGUUUCCAGAGAGAGAAACACUACAACAUGCUGCAGUAUCAGAUUUGCUCUUCCUCUUUGGCUAAGAUUUUCCGAUUAAUAAUCUCCAAUAAGGAAAAUUUGCAUAUUGAAGAAUAUUCUGUGUCUCAAACAACAUUAGAUCAGGUUUUUGUGAACUUUGCUAAACAGCAGAUGGAGGAUGAGGAAAUUCCUUUGCAUCCGCGUGCAGCUGGAGCCAGCCGAGAAGCCAGAGUGUCCCCAGCUCUCCAUCAGCAGGCAGCUGCAUAGACUGCUCCUGCAGCUUCCAGGCUUAGUGUGUGCACAGUGCAUGUGCCAUACCAGAGCAGAGCAAGGGUAAAACAAAGGUUUUCACAUUCAGUGUUACACUGAUUUUUUUGCACCUUUCUGAGCACUGUGCUCUCAACAACAGCCCUAGCAACAGCCAACUUCUACUGCUCUAUCAGUAACACUACAUGCUGAGAGUGUCAAAGGAAAGGCAGGUCCUUGCUAUAGAAUAAAAUCUUCCUCUAACAUAAAGUCCAUUAUAAGAUACAAGAAGCAAGUCUCAUUCCUCCUUGUUGACAUAUAAAUAACAUCAAAGAUGGAUUCUCUAUCUGGUACUUUCAGGCUGGCAGGUUUUUCUUCUUUAACCCUUGUGUCAACUGCUGCAAGUCAGCAAACAGAUCCCAAGGCUGACAGCAUUGCCCAGCUUAGAAGCAGAUUCCUGCUGUGCUGAGUGCACGGGACUAUCAAGGUCAGAACAGUGCUGGCUAAUGGGGCUAGUCCUGGGAGACUGCUUCACUGUCUCACCAGGCUGCCAGUGAAAACAGACGGUUGUCUCAGCAAGAAUGAAAAGAAUUAAUUCAGAGCUCAGACCCAGACAAGAAACUUGCUCUUAAAAAAAAUUAAUUAAAAUGAUCUCAUACUCAUCUUCAAGUUGCCUCAAAGAGAGGCCAAAUGUCAAAAUGGAGAUUAAAAAGAAAGAGAGUAUGACUAAAUCUGCCAAGUUUUGUUUUCUUGCAAAGAAAGGUCUCUUUGUUACUAAACAGGACAACGUUUUCUUCUUUCCUGUGACUGGACAUUAAGUGGAUGUAAAGUGUGAAUAGGGUAUGUGCUUUCUACCUCCUCAGAAGGAAAAUUUCAACCUGCUUGCACUCCACACUGCACUCAGUGGGAAAUCAUUUGACAUUUAGUUCUUUUUUUCUGGUUCACAAUUUAACUAGUGGAACAACAAUACUGAAAACAAAUUCAUAAUGAUGUUUUGCUUCAGUUAUCUAUCAGAUCUAAUAAUUUCUAAGAAAUCUUCUCUAUGUUAUACAGAAUUAAAAUCUGGAUCAUGUAUUUUUGCUUUGAAAGAUAUUUUUCUUCACUUGAUGUAGUUUUUUUUAUAAGGACACUCUUGCUGUUUACUGUACAAAAUAUUAUGAAACUUCAGCAACCAGCUCUAGCCUUCUCUUUUUGCCAUAAUUAUUUCAAAUGGUUU